AUGGGGGCCCCCCAGGGGGCCCCUGUAUCAGGGGAGAGUGCAUUGGAGUCUGCUGCAGCUGUACAUACACCCCAAAUAGCAACGAAGAAGCAGCUGUUUUCUCUUGAGCAGCUAGUAGCAGCAGCAGCAGCAGAGCAUUGGCAGCCUGCUGCUGUGCUGCAGCAGCGGGGGGCCUCCUUGGGGGCCCUAUCGAAGGUGGUGCAGCUGCAGCAGCAGCAGCAGCAGCAAACAGAAGCAGCAGCAGCAGCAAAACAUGCAGUAGAAGUUUGUGCCAUAGAUCAACAGAGCGACAGCUGUAUACAGGCGACGCAGCAAGCCCACGAUGCUGCUGCUGCUAUCAGUAAGCAGCAACAGCAGCAGCAGCAGCAGCAGCAGCAGCAGUAG